GAAAGAUGAGAGGAUUUUAAAGAGCAGGUAACAAAAGAAGACUGAUGUUACAGGAGCUCCUGAUCUUGUUUUAUCUUCUCCUUCACACUGAUAGUGUUAUAUGGUUCAUAUGUGAUCUUUGUUUUUGGAGGUCAGUCAACAGGAAAUGUUCGAGUAAAAAACAAAAGUGAAAGUGUUUCACAGACAGGGAGCAGCUCCGACUGAGAGAAAAAUGUCAGAGACUUCACAAACAAAUUCCGGAUCUGUUUCGGCCAUGGACGAAGAAAGAAGAAUAGUGUCCUGGAGAAAGUUCUAUGUCCACCUGUCAGGAAGGACCAAUGAUGCUCAUCUUCCCUGGGUAUCAAGAUUUGAAGGUAUUGGCCAAGUUAAGGUGGACUCUGCUGAGGACAGUGACUACAUCCUGCUGUUCUGUCCCAUCACAUCCAAAGUUGGAACAGACAUCAGUGAGGCUCUGGAAAACCUUCCAGCUGGUGACAAAGAAGUCAUCCUUGUGGUGAUGCAUCACACCUUCAACAGAGAUCAUGUUGUGGCUGACAGCAGGUGGCAGGUCAACGACCCAAAAGUCCGCCUGGUUGUGGACACUCUGUUCUUCGAGGGAUGUCCUCUGCAGUCUAACCGCAAUGAAAUCGCAUGGGAUGAAAUCAAGAAGUUUCUUGGUGUCUGUGGCCGUGCUGAGUCCAUUCAGGCCUCUAGCGGUGGCUUCAUUGAUUGCUUGCCCGUGAAAAAGUUCUAUGUCCACCUGUGGGGAAAGACCAAUGGCGCUCAUCUUUCCUGGGUAUCAAAAUUUGAAGGUAUUGGCCAAGUUAAGGUGGAGUCUCUUGAGGACAGUGACUACAUCCUGCUGUUCUGUCCCAUCGUAUCCAGAGUUGGAGCAGACAUCAGUGAGGCUCUGGAAAGUAUUCCAGCUGGUGACAAAGAAGUCAUCCUUGUGGUGAUGCAUCACACCUUUGACAAUGAUCAUAUUGUGGCUGACAGCAGGAGGCAGGUCAACAACACAAAUGUCCGCCUGGUUGUGGACACUCUGUUCUUCGAGGGAUGUCCUCUGCAGUCUGACCUCAAUGAAAUCGCAUGGGAUGAAAUCAAGAAGUUUCUUGGUGUCUGUGCUGAGGUCCCCAGUCGUGGCUUCAGUGAUUACUUACAGACAAAAGCUGCCUCAUUGAAGACACAAUUUGGGAAGCAAUUUGCGACCAAAAUAAAGUGGGGGUGGCCACAAAGAACCAACCCUCAGGCAGAGUUCGUUUUUAGCCCGGACUUUCCACAUGUGACCAACAAAGCCCCUCACACCACCCUGAAUGUAGAUACUAUGCAGUUGGCCAGUGCCAGUCGGGACAUCGCUGAGUACAGUGAUGAUCAGCAGGAGGAGGAGGAAAUGUCGGAGAAUGCCACCUCCAUGUUACAGUUGUCAUGUAAAACCCAGCAGGAGUCAAGUGCAUCACAGUCCAGUCCCAAGCCUGUGCCUGCUGAAAGGGCACGUAAAGCCGAAAAGAAAAGAAAUGUCUCACAAACACUGCUUGAUGCCAGUCAGGAUGUAGACGAAAUGUUUGGCAAGCAGGUUGUGUGCGAAUUAAAACAAAUUAAAGAUACAGCAACAAAAACUAGACUCCGUAGAAAUAUCCUUGUAAUGAUAUAUGAUGCAGCAGAGGCUGAGCAGAGAGCUGCAUCAAAUCAGUCCAAAUAAACCCAACACCCCCAAUAUACACUCCCAUGAGACCUUGGCAGGAUGACGCCAGUCACCUGCUUCAACCUACUUACCAUCCAAAAUACCAAAUGUUAACACCUAUACCAGAGAGCCUCUUGACAGAACUGGAGAAAUGCAACCUGUAGAAAGAAAAACUUCUCUCAACCUCAAGCAUGUGUAUGUAUGAUGUGUGUGUGUGUGUGUGUGUGUGUUUACAUUUAAUAUCAAUAAAUUCCUUCCAUUCUUUCAGAAAUGUUUUUUUCUUUGAGAUUUCUUUGAAAUUUACCUUAACAAUUUCACAUUCAGCAAGAAUGUGCUCUACUGUUGCAGCAAGAAUGUGCUCUUUGACAAAAAAGGAUUUGUAUACUUUUAAUACAAACAAAAACAUCCAAGGAGGCAGAAUGCUUGGACAGAUACAAAACAGAGGACAAACUUUUACUCCAGGCGUCAGCUGAACUGACAAAUAGUAGUCUCUAAGUCAAGGUAGGGCCAUGCCUCCCCUCCCUACUGGCUGCUGCAGCAUUUAAUAUCUUACUCUUGGUCGUCUAUCAUUCCAGAAGGAUCUUGCUAAAUGUUCACCUCGCUCCCUGAAUAGUUUUAGAGGAACAUCUGGAAGGGCUGUGAACAAAUACAACAGUCUUGGAAGAAUUUUCAUUUUCAGGUUGAGAGGAAGCAAGCCCCACCUGUCCAGGUCAUCAUAGAUUUUCAUAUAUCUUUCUGUCAACAAAACACCCAAAUAUUGAAUAUGUGUUUGGUAUUAUUUCUGUCAAUGCAGGAGCUUCGUUUUACGUUGCCAUGUCAGCAGUAGUUCAUGUCAGUAUUGUUUUUGAAAAGAGUAUUCAAAGCUAGAAUUAUAGCUCUAAUGUUACAUUCGUACUUGUACUUUUUGUAGCAUGUGAAUGUUUAACUGAGUCUGUUAAUGAUUUAUGUUCAGUCGAAUAUUUUUGGUGUAUAAGGAAGACAUAAAAAUAGCCAUGUAAAAGAAGGAUUUCUGCUGAUUUUUUGCUCAUUAAAAAACCCGAUUUGUGUGAUUUCCUUCAUGAAUAAAUAAUUAUU